AGAAAAGAGAGGAUCUUAGUGUGGCUGUAGUUUGCAUUUUAUUGUAUGUUUCUUAGCUACUUGUUAAAGACCGGAUUCAUAUUUUGGAAUAUAGCAAGAUAAAGCUUGGAUACACGACUCGUUCACCCACGGCACACCUGGAGGUUUAUGAUUAGUAGACUGGCUAUAUUUUAUUUUUUUCAUGUUUCCAACAGGUUUACCUUCCCCUAAUCCCCCACCGCCAACCCAAGAGGCUAGACCAGCAGCUUCAGAUGUAAAUAACGACAGCAGUAGUAUUACGAAUUCGAAGAAGAGGAAAAUAAACCGUUCUGAGAGGGAAGACAUUGAUUCAAUAUCGGCAUCUCCUAAAACCAACAAUUCCUCUUCUUCCUCCACCUCGCAACAAAUCCAGAAGAAGUUGAGGUUCGAAGAUUCAGUAGAUUUCAUAGGACUGGGUGUGAAAAUGGCUGAGGAGUCUGCAUCGUGUUCUUCUAACAAGACGAAAACAGUUUUUUUGGCUGGGGUUGUUGGGCAUCAUGCAAACGGGCUGACGAAGACUGCAGGCUCCACUACCUUCUCCAACAGCAAACCUGGAGCUGCAAAGAAACUAGUAAUCAAGAACUUUAAAGAAAAGCCCAAAUUGCCAGAGAACUACACACACGAGACCUGGCAAAAACUAAAGGAGGCGGUUGAGGCCAUUCAAAACAGCACUUCAAUCAAGUACAAUCUUGAGGAACUCUACCAGGCUGUCGAGAACCUCUGCUCCCAUAAGAUAUCUGCCAGGCUCUACAAACAGCUACGGGUGGUUUGUGAAGAUCACAUCAAGGCACAAAUCGAUCAAUUCAGAGAGGAUGUACUGGACAGUACCCUCUUCCUGAAGAAAAUAGACAACUGUUGGCAAGAUCACUGCAGACAAAUGAUCAUGAUUAGAAGUAUAUUUUUGUUCUUGGACCGCACCUAUGUUUUACAAAACUCAAUGCUCCCAUCAAUCUGGGACAUGGGCCUAGAGUUGUUUAGGUUUUACAUAAUCAGCGACAUGAAGGUCCAGAGCAAGACCAUCUAUGGCAUCCUGCUGCUCAUCGAGAGGGAGCGCAGCGGCGAGACCAUCGACCGCAGCCUGCUCCGGAGCCUACUGAGCAUGCUCUCUGACCUGCAGAUUUAUCAGGACUCCUUUGAGCAGCGCUUUCUGGAGGAGACUAAUCGGCUGUAUGCUGCUGAGGGACAGAGACUGAUGCAGGAGAGAGAGGUCCCAGAGUAUCUCCAUCACGUCAACAAACGCUUAGAGGAGGAAGCGGACAGAGUCAUCACGUAUCUAGACCAGAGCACACAAAAACCUCUCAUUGCCACUGUGGAGAAGCAACUACUGGGUGAACAUCUCACUUCAACUCUGCAGAAAGGCUUGAAUCACCUGCUAGAUGAGAACAGAAUCCAGGACUUGUGUCUUCUCUAUCAGCUUUUCAGUCGCGUGAGAGGGGGCGUGCUAGUCCUCCUACAGCAUUGGAUCGAGUACAUCAAGGCCUUUGGAAGUACGAUCGUCAUUAACCCUGAGAAGGACAAGACCAUGGUACAGGAGCUCCUGGACUUCAAGGACAAGGUGGACCACAUCAUCGACAUCUGCUUCAUAAAGAACGAGAAGUUUGUCAAUGCCAUGAAGGAGGCUUUUGAGACCUUCAUCAACAAGAGACCAAACAAACCUGCUGAGCUCAUAGCAAAACACGUGGAUUCAAAGCUUAGGGCGGGUAACAAGGAGGCGACGGACGAGGAGCUGGAGAAGAUGUUGGACAAGAUCAUGAUCAUCUUCCGAUUCAUUUAUGGCAAAGAUGUUUUUGAGGCCUUCUACAAGAAAGAUCUGGCCAAGAGGUUGCUGGUGGGAAAGAGUGCCUCCGUGGAUGCCGAGAAGUCCAUGCUGUCGAAACUGAAACAUGAAUGUGGAGCAGCAUUCACCAGCAAGCUGGAAGGCAUGUUCAAGGACAUGGAGCUUUCCAAGGACAUCAUGGUGCAGUUCAAACAGUGUCAAAACAUCCCUGGUAACAUUGAGCUGACGGUGAACAUCCUCACCAUGGGAUACUGGCCCACCUACAUCCCAAUGGAGGUCCAUCUGCCCGCAGAGGUUACAAAUAUCGAACCCUUCAGGCUCUUUUGUUUUAUGGCCUGAUAUGUAAUACAUUUGGUUGGUAUCCCAAAUGGCACCCUGUUCCCUUUAUAGUGCUGUACUUUUGACCAGGACCCAUAGGACUCAAAAGUAGUACACUAUACUGGGAAUUGGUUUAUUAUAAAAAGCAAAAAUGUUGAUACAAAAAAAAAUUCUAAUCAUUGAAAUUACAAAGUCAUUUAUGGCAUAUUAGGUUUCUAUAUUGUGUAAAAUCAAUACCUAUUGGCAUGCGUUACAUUAAAUUGUGCACUGUUUCUUUAAGAACAUCAAUUUUGUGAGCAAUGACAUCCUGAAAAAGCUAUCCCUUUUCUCUUUCUUUCUGUGCCCCCAAAUGUUUGGAUAUACUGGUAAAGUUACCAAGUUGUUAACUAGCUAGCUAAUGAGGCAACAUGACUGAACGAGGUGUAAACAAAUGCCCCCGCCCCCCGAGUGGUUUUGGAAAGGCCCGCAACAUGGUUUAUGAAUGUAAAAUGAGGCCCGUCAAUCCACGAUAGGAAGAAAAACAUAUCUGUGCUCGCUUUUUUUCCCAUCUAGGCCACUCAGAAACAACGGUACAGCAAAGCCUAAUCACCACAAUUAUUAUCUAGGUCAUUAAUUUUUUUUAUCGACCUGUCCUCAAUGUUUAUUGUUUAACACUUCUGCCCCUCUUGUCCAGAUGGUGCGACUGCAGGAGAUUUUCAAGACGUUUUAUCUGGGCAAGCACAGCGGCAGGAAGCUACAGUGGCAGUCGACAUUAGGCCAUUGUGUUUUAAAAGCUGAAUUUAAAGAGGGCAGAAAAGAGCUUCAGGUGUCCCUGUUUCAGACGCUAGUGCUGCUCAUGUUCAACGAAGGAGAGGAAUUCACCUUGGAGGAUAUCAAGCUAGCUACAGGAAUAGAGGACGGCGAGCUGCGACGGACCCUGCAGUCGUUGGCGUGUGGCAAGGCACGGGUCAUCCACAAAGUCCCCAAGAGCAAAGACGUGGAGGACGGAGACAAGUUCUCCUGCAACGAUGACUUCAAACACAAACUCUUCAGAAUCAAGAUCAACCAGAUCCAGAUGAAAGAAACGGUGGAAGAGCAAGCCAGCACCACGGAACGAGUCUACCAGGACCGGCAGUAUCAGAUCGACGCCGCCAUCGUCCGGAUCAUGAAGAUGAGGAAGACUCUGAGCCAUAAUCUCUUGGUGUCGGAAGUGUACAACCAACUCAAGUUCCCCGUCAAGCCUGCUGACCUAAAGAAGAGAAUAGAGUCUCUCAUUGACAGAGAUUACAUGGAGCGUGACAAGGAGAACCCCAACCAAUACAACUAUGUGGCUUGAAGAGGAAGGAGGGAGGGGGGCAGGUGGUCCAGUCAGGCUGAAGUCUUCUCUGAUCACUCGGUCCCUUGGAUGUCAGCGUUACCCUCUUCAACCCAGCGACCGACAACUGAAUGGAUACUGCUCUGCGGGACUUUGUCAGGGGCCUGUUUUCCUGUGGACUGCAUGCCCAUUAAAACAAGAAUAUCGUCCAUUCUUUUCUCAGUCCCGCUCAGUGAGAAUUGGACUUAGCUACCUUGGACAAGAAGAAAAGCAGACAAACCAAUGUUCAGUUCUUUUUUUUCUUUCUUUUUUUUACAGAGGGGGGGGGAAAAAGUUUCUUUUCAAACGUAGAUCUUUGUCCAUCGGCGUUCUGCGCCUUGUUUAUUUAAGUCACUACUUUUUACUUUUAAUUCACUCUACUAUCCCAUGCGCAAAUGUUCAAAUGCAUAUCAUUGCUCUUACCAUACUACACUUGGAAGAGAGCGAAACAAAACUGAAGCUUGUCUCAAUGUUGCAUGUGAGACCCAUGGAUAAACAUUCACAGUAGGAUUUUAUUUUUCUGUGGUGGAUUUCAGUGUCAGAUGUGGACACCUGCAGCCAAGUCAUACGAUUCUCCAUAGCUAUUAGUCUCAAACUACUCCUGUUCAUCAACAGCAAUCAAUGAGACGAUUAAGUAGCUAGGCGAUAUUAUGAGGAAUUGACAGUACGUGCCAAAAAUGGAGCACUUUUCUUAUAGGGUUGUAAAUGCUGCUAACCAAACACUAACUUUUACUUGUUAUAUGCAUUUAGUUUUCCAUUUCACUUUUGCCCUGAUUGUUUCAAUGUUUGCUUUUUGUAUAUACAAGACUUUACAAAUGCAUUGACAUUUUAAGUGCAAACAAACUUGGACAGUCACGUCGCCUUUAGGUCUUUUUCUUAACUCCUAGAGAUAAUCUACUACUAAAAGCACAGCGACAUCAGUCCCUGUUACCCUUCACGUUUCCAAGUAUAAUAUCUCAAUUUACAAGCGUUAUAUUCUUUGUAAGUCCUCUCUGCAGGCCUUGCAUUUGGGCAUUAAUGGAGUUGUUUUGAAAUCGCAACAGAUAAAAAUACUUUGUUUAUUGAGAAAUCAUGCUUGACUGGACUUUGCCAUGUGUCUGAAUAAAUAGUUUGUUUUCUUGCUUCAGAUUAAAGUAA